AUGAACUUAUUUACGUUCUAUUUUUAUCAUUUAAAUACAACAAGAAUAGAAAGCAAUAUUCUGAUCAGGGUUAUAAAUAGCACUAGCGAAAUCGAUCAAAAUCAACUCUGUUCUCUACAGUAUAAUCUGUUAACGCAAUUCCCGAAAAUCGCUAAUUACAGACUAUUGGCUACGUCUUGUUGCUGGGAUCAAAGUGUAAAUCAUCAAGGAGAUAAACGAAAAUUAUUCUUAACUUCUACCAUUCCACAUUUAUUCAAUCUGUAUGUUCCUAAUUCAACCUUUAAGCCGACAUUAGUCUAUCAUAUAGCUAAUGAUUGUUAUGCUAACUUAACAUUAUUUCAAGCUGGAUUAGUUACAAGCUGUCAAUGGGCAUCUCAAUAUUUACAAUUUGAUAUUAAUGAGUGUGGAGGCAUAUGCGGUCCUUUACCUCAGUCUCACCUUGAUUCAACCAGUUGUACAUUAGAUUUCAGGCCUUUUCGUUCUGGUUCUUAUCAAUUUGCUGUUAUGAUCCAGCCUCGCAUUAUCAGGCAGCAUCUUAGUGAUAGAUAUCAGGAACACCGGUCUAAUGUUUCAAGUUAUGAAAAAGUAUCCUUCCCAUUACAGGUUACGGUUAUUGUGCAAAAUUGGUCAUGUCUUGGCGAUCAAAUCUCCAUUUCUUGUCUACCAGAUUCAAUACAAGUUAAUAUUCACCAAUCUAUUGCAACAUCACUAGCACAACCUUAUCCAGCUACGAUAAAUUUAGGGCUGUGUCAGUAUAAAACGAAUUCAACUCUAACUCACAUUAAGAUACCCUUUAAUAGCUGCGGAAACGACAUUCAAUUUAACCCUCGUUCUAUAAUUUAUGGCAAUACCAUAACUGCUAUCAAUAAUAUGCAGAAUAAAGGUGGGGUUAUUCUAAGGGAGCAGCAACAUCGACUAAUGUUUUCCUGCAGUUAUAAACGUACUGCUUACAUUAAUGCAGUAUUGAAUGCGAAAAAAAAUCACUCUAAAAUAGAUCAGGGCCUAACAAUAGAACAACUAACGAGGCAACCACAGCCAAAAACUAGUAGUUUUCAAUACGAUAUGUUACUUUAUACGAAUCAAAGUUACCAACAAGUACGAACCAAUCGUUCAGGAGCAAUUUAUGUUGAACCGAACGAAGAAAUAUUUUUUGAGAUCAAUGUUAAGCCAGCUGAUCCGCUAUUAGUAUUAAUAAUUGAUACAUGCUAUUCCAAUCACCAGUCUAAGAAACACGUAAUUAUAAGCCAACGGUGUAUCAUAGAUUCGUCUUUUAAAGCUAUUCCAUCACCUCCAGGAAGUGCCCGGUUUAGUCUUUUAGCCGGUAGUUUUGUUUUUAAUCAUUCAGUAACCACUUUCCUCCAUUGUUUUGCUCACGUUUGCCAUCAGUCAGAAUCCAAUUUGACACGAUGUCAAGGUUGUACUAACAUUCAACGACCUCAUCAUAUCGUCAUUGGCACUGUAAGCUAUAAAUCCAACAGUACCUCAAUGAAUCGACCUAAAAAAUUAAUGUCCACAUAUAUUGUCUUAUUUUCAACGCUUUUUGCUAUUGUCGUAGUAGUUCUGAUUUUGUUACCUAUAAUUUUAAGGAUGCGUAAAACUAUCAAAUGGACUCCGGUAUCGACAUAA